AUAUGAAUUUCAUUUCUAUUAUUAUUUUAUUUUCAUAUUUUCCGUAAUACGAAAACACACUCUUCGGGUUUCUCUCUCUCUCUCUCUCUCUCUCUGUGAAAUCCUUGUGAUGCUGCCCUAGAUCCAUGGCUUCAUUGCAUGUGUUGCUGAGUUUCAAUGUUACCACUUUUUCACUCUUCCUAUUUGGGUCCUUGAAAUCCUUUUGUGGGUCCCACAUUCAAUCCACCACAAAGCUUUUGCAAACACACUUUCACCAAAAACCUUGUGAAGAUCUUCCUCUUAGUAUUUCUCACUCUCUGUUCUAAAUUUCCAAACUUUGGUGCUUCCUUGUUUGUAAACUACCGGUUUUUCAUUGGGUAAAUCAUUCCGCUGUGUAUUUUAUCUUAUUUUAAAGAUUUUUUAGGUUUGGUUUGUUGAAUUUGAGGUUGUAUACUGUUUGGUAGCUCAUUGAGUUUUUGUGGAUUCAGUGUUUUGAGAUCACAUUUGGGAUUAUAUAAAUACUGGGUUACUGUUGUUAUUAUUAUUACUAUUAGAAUCUGGUGUCUGUGUGUGAAAUUGGUGUUUAUGGGGAACGAAGAUGAGGAUGUUAAGCAUUUAGGAUAGUAUUGUGGGAAUGAAAUUAAAGGGGUGAGGAAUAUUGAGAUUGAAACUUAGAUUUUGGGAGAGGGGUUUGCCUGUUGUGCAUAAUGGGUUGCGUCUGUUGCAAGCCCUCUGCCAUUGAGGAUAGCAAAGAGAGUCCAAGAGAGCGUUUGUCAAGCAAGGUUUCGUUGGACCCUUGCGUAUCGAGGGGUACUUCGUCGAGGAGGGAGGAAGCAUACAGGGUGAAGGAUAGAUAUGAUGGUAAUGAUGUGAGAAUUGCCUUGAUUGAUAAGCAAGGGAACGGUUCUGUGCGGUUGCAAAGUGAUAAUAAUGUUGAAAGGAAGAAGGAGAAAAUGGAAUAUGCUGCUGCUCAACCACAUCCAGGAGUUGGUAGUGUUCCCAAAGCUAUGGAAGGAGAGCAGGUUGCAGCUGGGUGGCCCUCUUGGCUGGCAGCAGUGGCUGGAGAAGCUAUCAAGGGAUGGUUGCCUCGCCGUGCCGAUUCUUUUGAGAAGUUGGAUAAGAUUGGACAGGGAACUUAUAGUAAUGUUUAUAGAGCUCGUGAUCUUGAGCAAAAGAAAAUUGUUGCUUUGAAAAAAGUGAGGUUUGAUAAUCUUGAGCCAGAGAGUGUUCGCUUUAUGGCAAGGGAAAUUCACAUUCUACGUAGGCUUGAUCAUCCAAAUGUCAUAAAACUGGAAGGCCUGGUUACAUCUAGGAUGUCUUGCAGCUUAUACCUUGUUUUUGAAUACAUGGAGCAUGACUUGGCCGGGCUUGCAUCACAUCCUGGGUUGAAGUUUACCGAAGCACAGGUUAAAUGUUACAUGCAGCAGCUUUUACGAGGACUUGAUCAUUGCCACAGCUGUGGUGUGCUGCAUCGCGAUAUCAAGGGAUCCAACCUUUUGAUUGACAACAAUGGAAUCUUAAAGAUUGCUGACUUUGGUUUGGCAAGUGUUUUUGAUCCCAAUCAAACUCAGCCUUUGACAAGCCGAGUUGUCACCCUUUGGUACCGGCCACCAGAGCUUUUACUUGGAGCUACAUAUUAUGGCCCUGCUGUAGAUUUAUGGAGUACAGGCUGUAUUCUUGCCGAGCUGUAUGCUGGCAAACCUAUAAUGCCUGGAAGAACCGAGGUGGAGCAGUUACAUAAAAUUUUCAAACUUUGUGGUUCACCUUCUGAGGAAUAUUGGAGAAAAUCAAGGUUGCCCCAUGCAACAAUAUUUAAGCCCCAACAACCCUAUAGGCGUUGUGUUGUUGACACAUUCAAGGACUUUCCUGCUCCUGCCUUAGCACUCAUGGAGACCCUUUUGUCCAUAGAUCCUGCUGAUCGUGGUACUGCAGCAUCUGCUUUGGAGAGUGAGUUCUUCAUGACAAAGCCUCUACCUUGUGAUCCUUCAAGUUUGCCAAAGUACCCUCCUAGCAAAGAAUUUGAUGCCAAAGUACGAGAUGAACAAGCAAGAAGACAAGGGGCAGCAGGUAGCAAGGGCCAGAGACACGACCCUGAAAGAAGAGGGGCAAGAGAAUCUCGAGCAGUCCCUGCACCUGAUGCUAAUGCUGAACUGCCCAUGUCAAUGCAGAAGAGACAUGGUCAGGCUAAUUCUAAAAGCAGAAGUGAGAAGUUUAAUCCUCAUCUCGAAGAAGCUUCUGGAUUUCCCAUUGAUCCCCCUAGACAGUCACAAGCUGUAGAAGUAGGCAUAGAAAAUCAGGUACAGCAACAUAAAAGAUCCUCCCAUUCUGGUCCACUGGCUCACCGCACUGCAUGGGCUAAAGCUGGGAAGAACCAGGAUGAUGCUCCGAAGAUUUCAGUUGGGGGUGAUCUAUCAACAUUCUCAGGCUUAGUUGCAACCAAGAGUAUGUUGGCAGAUGAUCGCAGAGAAAGGGCUGGAUCAUCACAAAUGGAGGCUUCAAAAUUAAUAGGCAGGUUCCCAGGAUCAUUUAAGGAUGUCUCUGAAUCAUCAAUGCAACAAGAUCAAAGACAUCAUGUACAGGGUGUAGUAGGUGCUUCUCAAAAGGAAGAAGGGAGAGGCAGCAACAAAGACCCAGUUCUUGUUGGAUAUGGGUCAAAGGGUCAUAAAAUUCAUUAUUCUGGUCCAUUGCUGGUUCCAUCAAGCAACACAGAUCAGAUGUUGAAAGACCACGACCGCCAAAUUCAAGAAGCCGUGAGACGAGCACGUUUGGAUAAGGCAAAAAUGAGAAGACUUCAAGCAGAAGGGAACCAGAUCACCAAUUCAUUAUUUGUUUCUGGUCGUUGAGAUGCAGCAAAGCAUCAUAAAGAGAAUAUUUGAUUCUUUUUUUUAAGUGGGGUGCCUGUAUAGGGAGAAAGUAUCCUUUGCAAAAUGCCCCCUUGGCCAUGUUAGGUAAUUUUAUAGCUUAGAAAUCUCUCUCCCUUCAAAAUUAUCACUCAUCUUUCUACUCACAGCUGCAAUUUGUGGUAUAUUAUGGCCAUUCUUGUAAAGCCUUAUCAGUUUUAAGCUGUUAGAAUACUGGGGAAAAAUUAUGUUAUGAUAGAGUUAAUAUUCACUUGGAAGAGGCCUAAGUAAGUGCAUUUGUUCUAUGCCUCCUCUCAUUCUCUCUGAUGCAUCACUACUUUAUUAUUGAGCCCCAUAUUGUGUGAUAUGGUCGGUCUAUCUUUUCAUUCUGACUACGUGACUACUAUGGGUCGGACUGUGGGUUUUGGGCAAAAAUAAAAAAAUAAACUGGUUGCUUGAUUAUGGGUUGGGUCAGGUUAAGUUUUUUUUAAGUCUAAACUUAUGUUACCCUGUCAUGCUGGCUUUAGGUUUGGAAAAGUUUAGGGUAAAAUUUAUGAAUUGUUUUGUAAGUGUUAUUAAUGUUUACCAAUUACAAUUAGAGUUCCUUUUUGG